AAGGCUUCAUGAAAUGGAUACCUCAGUGAUGCUCUCUUGGAGGGUACUGCUCUGCACACUGCUUUCACAAGCUGUUUCAGGAUCCACAGUUGUGGCGGACAGUACCACCACUGCCACUACCACUACUGCUGCAGCAGCUGAAACUACUUUAAUAAUAGCAGAAGGGAUUCAUGUGCGACUCUCUGAUGGACCAAAUAGAUGUGCUGGUCGUGUUGAGAUUUAUGGCUUUGGGGACUGGGCUGGUGUCUGCCCUGAACAGUGGGACCUGAGAGAUGCUCAGGUUGUUUGCAGACAGCUGAAUUGUGGCAGGGCACUUGGUGUGAUUUAUUCUUCUGGAAGCUAUCCUUACUACAGUAAUGUAGACUGUUCUGGCUAUGAAGAUUACUUGUGGCAAUGCGCUUUUCAAGAGGGAACAUGCAGGUCUUAUUCAACUGCUGGUGUGGUUUGUGAAGCUUCUGGACAACCAGCUCCAUCAACAGCAGGUCCUGGAUUAACAACAGAAUUAACAACAGAAUAUGCGCAAUUUUAUCCUACAUCAGGAAGUUAUCCUUGUGGUGGUGUUCUUACAUAUUCACAUGGAUCGUUCCACAGCCCUAAUUAUCCUGGAAACUAUCAAAACAAUGAAAAUUGUGUGUGGACUAUAGUAGCUUCAAACAGUUCACGUAUAAACCUCACAUUGACAGAUGUACAAACUGAAUGCUCAUAUGACUAUGUUGAAGUCUUUGAUGGGCACCUUUCCUCAAAUUCCCUUGGAAGAUUUUGUUCUGCUUCCUUCCAAACAUUUAUUUCAUCUUCAAAUAUCCUUACAGUACAAUUUCACAGUGAUUAUUCUGUCACCCGUAGAGGCUUUAAUGCCAUCUACUCAACGUUUUAUUUAGGAUAUGAUGCCAGGCUCCGGUUGGUGAAUGGAAGACAUAGAUGUGAGGGUCGUGUUGAAGUCAAUGAUUUGAGCAGAUGGGGGACUGUUUGUGAUGAUUCGUGGGACCUCAAUGAUGCGGAUGUGGUAUGCAGACAGCUUGGAUGUGGGACAGCUAUCUCAGCUCCAGGAUCCGCAUAUUUUGGUCAAGGCUUUGGUGCUAUUCUCCUGGACGAUGUCCAUUGUAGUGGGAAUGAAUCCUCUCUUUGGAGUUGUCCUCACAAUGGUUGGAGUGUCCACAAUUGUGGCCACAACGAAGAUGCUGGUGUCAUCUGUUCAGACAUAAUCAUUACAACAAAAGGUCCUACAUGGUGGCCAACCCCAACAGCCUCAAUACCAAGUUAUUCUUGUGGUGGUUUCCUCACACAUUCUUCUGGGACAAUACAAAGUCCACUUUAUCCUAAUAAUUAUCCAAACUAUGCUGAAUGUAUUUGGGAAAUAUAUAUCCAAAGAGGUUCCCGUAUAUUGCUUACAUUUCAAACAUUUAUACUUGAAGUGUGUGACAGAUACAGAUGCAACUGUGAUUUUGUUGAGAUCUAUGAUGGGCCACUCCAUACCUCUCCUUUACUUGGGAAAAUUUGUUCUGGAUUCAAUUUCACCUACAUAUCAACAUUUAACAUGAUGACAGUCAGAUUCCACAGCGAUGGAAGUGUCACGAAUCCAGGUUUCUUUGCAAAUUAUUACAGCAUCCCUUCAGAUCAGAGUACGAGUCCUACAUGGUGGCCAACACCAACAGCCUCAAGACUGAAUUAUUCUUGUGGUGGUUUCCUUACACAUUCUUCUGGGACAAUACAAAGUCCAUUUUAUCCUAAUAAUUAUCCAAACAAUGCUGAAUGUAUUUGGGAAAUACGUGUAGAAAGUGAUUCCCGUAUAUCGCUUACAUUUCAAACUUUUACACUUGAAGUGUGUGACAGAUACAGAUGCAACUGUGAUUUUGUUGAGAUCUAUGAUGGGCCACUCCAUACCUCUCCUUUACUUGGGAAAAUUUGUUAUGGUUUCACUUUCACCUAUACAUCAACGUCUAACAUGAUAACAGUCAGAUUCCACAGCGAUGGAGGUGUCACGAAACAAGGUUUCUUUGGAAAUUAUUACAGCAUCCCUUCAAAUCAGAGUACGAUUCUUCGUUGUUUACCAGAAUAUAUGCAAGCUGUAGUCAGUAAAGCAUACCUUAGCUCAAAAGGCUAUACUUCAUGGGAUGUCACCUUGAAUGACCGAUACUGCAGACCAAGGAUCACACCAUAUUAUGUUAUAUUCAACAUACCGUAUAAUGGCUGUGGGACCAGAAGAGAGGCAGACGCUGAUACUAUUAUUUACUCAAAUCUGAUCUCAGCAGCUGCUACGGGCACCAUAAUUAACAGGAAAAAGGCUCUUCACCUGCAUGUUAACUGCAAGAUGCUGCACAAUACAUGGGUGGAAACGAUGUAUAUUGCUGAUGACAUUACUGAAGUCAACAGAACUCAAUAUGGCGUAUACAGUGUGAACAUUACAUUUUAUCACUCAUCAUCUUUCUUGUAUCCAGUUACUCAAACACCUUAUUAUGUUGAAUUGAAUCAGCAUUUAUAUCUGGAGGUUAAUCUUCAUAGCUCUGAUCCGUAUCUAGUGCUAUUUUUGGACACAUGUACAGCAUCACCUAACUUCUAUGAUUUUACAGCUCAGACUUAUGACAUCAUCAAAGAUGGGUGUGUGAAAGAUUAUACCUACCGGACCUAUUAUUCAGGAAACAGAAAUAGCCUUCGAUUUGGCUUCCAAGCCUUUGAGUUUCUUAACAGAUUUCCAACUGUUUACCUUCGUUGUAAAGUGGUGGUUUGCAGAAGCAAUUACUAUCCCACUCGAUGUAGUCGAGGUUGCCUGCCUUCUUCUAGAGCCAAGAGAGAUACAAGCUCCUACCAGGAAAAGCUAGAUGUAAUUGUUGGGCCAAUUGAGCUUCAGAGAAAUGGAAUUCAGAGCAGAAAUUUGGAGACAAAGGAAGAACUACAAGAAAAUAUGGGAACGCAUGGCACACCUGUGGCAUACAUUGUUGUCGCUGUCAUGCUGGCAGUUGUUGUUAUAACACUUGUAGGAUUUAUUUUAAAAAAUAAAUGGAAGAGACCAAUUCCAUAUGAGAUAAUGUAAGCACCUUAAAAGUAUGGGCAAUAAUUCCCACCAAGUUAAGCUAACUUACGCUUAAUAUACAUCGAACUCUGUGUUGGAUUAUGGUUAGAAUUUGUAAAACAUAUAUGUAUCGAAAGAGAACUUAUUUUCCUCAUUAUCCAGAUUGCUUUUACCUUUGCAUGAAAAUAUAAACAUAAAGAAAAAAGGCUAGAAAAAUUAAUUAUGAAAUCCUGAGACAAAUAAAGCAAUUUAAGGGCCCACUGAGUGUGCUAGACUUAACAUUUGCACAGGCAGGUUCCCUGGAAAUGCAGAAAUUUUUCUAAAUAAAUGUUUACGGAAGCUUCACUGAGGUUAAUGGAACUUACUACCAUAUAACAGCGAGUGGGAUUGUAAUUCUAAAGCCUAUAUUUUGUGCUCAAAUUUGAAAUCAAAGUGAUUAAAUUUUACUUAACUUUAUCUAGAUUAUCUUCAUUGUCAUGAAUAAGAUAAAUGUGCAUAAAUUCAGAUUAGAUAUAGGCUUGAAGUAAUAAUAUCAGAUCUAAACCCAGCAAAGGUACAUAUUCACAACUUAAAAUGUUUAUUUGCAAUUUAGUCUGAUGGAAAACCAACAAUUACUUUGAAACUUCCACUGAUUUCUAUCAAGCCUUAUCCAUCAUUGUUAGUUUAAAACUAUAUUUAGUUGAGACAUGCUGUAUUCAUGAUGCCAUAGUUUUCCAAUAUGGACAACAGCUGUUAAGAAAUGUAAAAGAAGCUAUCUGGAAAAAAAAUGGUUCCCAUUACAUUAAUAAUAUAUUUCCUUAGAUUUCUUUUCAGUCUUGGAUGAGAAUCAAAUAUCAGAAUGUGAACACAUUUUCAUUUUCAUAUUUUUCUUGCGCUUUGUAUCAAACCCAUUGUUUGCCACUUCAGAUUAUGUUUUUUCUGUGUCCAAAACUGUAUUAUCAAUCACAAUAAA